AUGGAGAGUAGGCUGUGCAAUGAAGUAGGAUACUAUGUGAGAGAGAAGGUGGAGAAGAGAGUAGCACUGAAGGAAUUUUUGAAUGUAGGGGCAGCUGGUGUUCCUGCUAAUUUGGAGGAUGGAAAGUCCAGGAUCAUCAUAAAUUACAGUGCCAUGGCUGGCAACUACUUACUUGUUGUCUGCCUUUUGCUGUGCUUUUUUUUGGUCUUCCAUCCCAUUCUGAUUAUUCCCAUAGGAAUAUGCUUUGGCCUGCUGUAUAUGACGACUAAGGACAGCAGUGACACCAUGGAUAUCCUUGGUAAUUCAUAUUCAAAGAUGCAUGUGUACUGUGUGGCCCUGGGUCUUCCAAUAAUAUUCUUUAUUUUCAUGCCCAGAUCACUUGUGUCUUUGUUCUUCACGAUUAUGCUGUCCAUAAUUCUGUGUGUUGGGCAUAUGGUUGGGUACAAGCCAGCAGUCAGCCCAAAUGAAGAGCAUGUCUAA